UAUUACAAGUAUAUUGAAAUGGGUAUCUGCAUAUCCAAAGCAUCUCCAGAGAUUCAUGAGAUAGACUAUGGUCAUGAAAAUGUUAUUUAUUACCAACAUACUGUUUCUGAUCAAAAGAUUGGUUCCCUCCAUACUCACCAAGGAUCUAAAGGAUUCAACCAAGAUGCUGCUAUUAUUUACCAGGAUUAUGGUAUGGAUGAUGGAGUAUUUGGUGGGGUGUUUGAUGGGCAUGGCAGAAAUGGCCAGAUAGUGAGUAAAUUUGUGAGGAACAGGUUGCCAUCAUUAAUCAUUAACCAAAGAAAUGCUACCAUGGCAAAGGGCAAAACCGUAAAUGAACACGAUGAAUUUGAAUCCAAAGAUUUCCAUAUUUGGAAAGAAGCCUGUUGUAGUGCCUUCAAAGUCAUGGACAAAGAGAUUAAGCUUUUGGAACAUAUAGAUUGUUCUUGUAGUGGCACAACUGCUGUUAUUGUCAUCAAGCAGGGUGAAGAUCUGAUUAUUGCCAAUCUUGGUGAUUCUAGAGCAGUGCUAGGAACAAUUGCUGAAAAUGGAAUUAUGCCGGUGCAAUUGACUACUGAUCUUAAACCAAGUGUACCUUCCGAGGCAGAUAGAAUAAGGAAGUCAAAUGGUAGGGUGAUGGCACUAAAAGAAGAACCACAUAUAGAUCGAGUGUGGUUGCCGUAUCACGACUCACCAGGCCUAGCCAUGUCUCGUGCUUUUGGGGACUUUGUCCUCAAAAGCCAUGGGAUUAUAGCUGUUCCCGACGUUUCCUACCACCGAUUGACCCCUAAUGAUCAGUUUCUAGUUCUUGCAAGUGAUGGGGUGUGGGAUGUACUUAGCAACAACACAGUAGCAUCAAUCGUGUGGGGAGCAGAGAGCGAAGAAUCAGCAGCAAAAGCAGUAGUCGUAGCAGCAAUCGCUGCUUGGAAACAGAAGUUCCCUUCGUCAAAGAGGGAUGACUGCUCUGUGAUCUGCUUAUUCUUACAAAAGAAAUUGCAACAAGACUCGUAUGAUACAACUAAAGACGCAUCUUUGUAGUACCUAACUGUCAAAAAUUCUUUGAUAUACUUAUGUAGUGGACCACAAAACAAGGAGACAUACAAGGUCUUUUGCACUGAUGCAUAUAAAACGUUGAGAUAAAUUUUUUCAUGUAUCUUGUUGGGGUGAAAUAAGUUUGUUACUUGACUAAUGGGGUGAAUAGGUUGUACAACAUAUUUUCAAUGUUUCAAUAAGAUUAUACCAUAAAUACAACACGAUAAAUA